AUGGAGGCAAAAAUAGCUGCUGCACGUGAAAAGCGAGCGCGCUAUUACGCCAAAGACACAAUUCUGAAGAAACGCCAAGAGCUCCGUUCCUCCAAAAGCAAGGAGGAACAGGCAGAGGCAAAAUUCUCAAAAGACCUCUGCAAGGCUCUGGCAAAAGCCUUGCCGACCAACACUGAAGAUGAAUCUGAGUCAGAGCCAGACGAUGAUUCCCAUCACUCAUCGGAAAGCGAUGAAUAUCAGCCAUCUGAUCUCCCGGAAUGCUUACUUGCCAUCAAACACAUCAAGGAUCAAAUGGUGGAGUUGAUCGGCAAUGACCCGAUCACAUUCACCAAGAACAUUUUACUUCUCUAUACCGAGAGUCUGCUCGUCGACAACUGCUCAACCAAGGGGGAUGUCACUAUCAUCGAAGAUGCUAUGUCAAAGGUUCAAAAGCUUUUCAAUGAUAUGAUUCCCAUGCAAGAUCAAAUACUAAAUUUUUGUGGUAUCUCGCCCGAGUGGCAUGCCACAGACUCAGUCACGCGUUUCUUAAGGACUGUACUUGCUUAUUUAGAGGACAUCUUGAGGCUGGUUUUGUUUGAAGGCACUUCGGGACUUGCGGAGGCUCAGUUUUUGGGGGAGCUGUUAUACCAGAAAGGCGUUAGGAUUUGA